AGUGAAAAUAUGAGUUUGAGGAUGAAGCCUCCGUCUUCUUCCACAUUCUUGCUCUGCUUCUUCUUCUUCGUUGUCUUCUUUUGGUGCAGCAAAUCCAAUGCCCAGAAUGCCACCACUGACCCCUCUGAAGUGAGGGCAUUGAACUCAAUCUUCCAACAAUGGGAUACACAAGCAGUGGAGUCAUGGAACAUCAGUGGAGAGCCAUGCAGUGGACUUGCUCGCAGUCAAAGUGACUCUGUCUUUGAUGAUCCUUCUAAUAAUCCAGCUAUCAGAUGUGAUUGUUCUUUCAACAACAACACUCUCUGCCACAUCACUAGACUGAGGGUAUAUGCUCUAGAUAGGCGAGGAGUGAUACCAGAGGAGCUUUUGGAUUUGCCUUUUCUGACGAACUUGAAGAUUGAUCAAAACUUCUUCUCUGGUCCUUUGCCCGCAUUUAUUGGAAAUAUGUCUAGACUAACCUUUCUGUCACUUGCCCACAAUGAUUUCACUGGACCCAUUCCAAUGGAGCUUGGAAAUCUUAAGGAGCUAUAUUUGCUGUCUUUUGGUAUUAAUAGUUUCUCUGGGACACUCCCUCCGGAACUUGGUAAUUUAGUCAACCUUGAACAACUUUACAUUGACAGUUCUGGAUUGGGUGGUGAGAUUCCCUCAACUUUUGCGAAUCUUGAAAACCUGCAAAUUGUGUGUGCAUCUGACAAUGCUUUCACUGGCAAAAUACCUGACUUUAUUGGCAAUAACUGGACAAAGCUUGCAUCAUUGAGAUUUGAAGGGAACUCCUUUGAAGGGCCUAUACCGUCCAGUUUUGUAAACUUAACCUCAUUGACGUCUUUGCGAAUUGGUGGUAUUUACAAUGGGAGCUCUUCUCUUGAUUUUAUAAGAAAUCUAAAGAACUUGACUGACUUAGUACUAAGAAAUGUCUUACUCACUGGUAUUAUGCCAUCUUAUAUAACAGAAUUACAAUCUUUACAAAAGCUGGAUUUGAGUUUCAACAACUUAACAGGCCAAAUUCCUAGUGCUUUGUUCAAUAUGAAUUCUCUUAGCUACUUGUUUCUUGGAAAUAAUAGUCUUUCAGGUUCAAUUCCCAGCCAAAAGAGCGAAACUCUUCAGACUAUAGAUUUAUCGUACAAUUUGCUAUCAGGAAACUUGCCCUUAUGGGUAAACUUAGGCUUACAACUGAAUUUUGCGGGCAACAACUUAACAUUUAACAGCUCAAACUCAGGGCUUUUACCAGGAUUGGAAUGCCUUCAAAGAAGCUUCCCAUGCAAUAGAAAUACUCCACGAUAUGCAAACUUCUCGAUCAAGUGUGGUGGCCCACAGAUGAUUUCUAAUGAAAUAGUUUUUGAGGCUGAAAACAGAACUCUUGGGGCGGCAGCAUUUAAUGUAACCAGUACACAGAAAUGGGCAGUUAGCAAUGUAGGUUUGUUUGCAGACAGACAAAAUCAACAGUAUGUGCAGAAUACCUUGGCACAAGUGAGAAGUACCAACACUCCGGAGUUGUAUCAGACUUCAAGGCUAUCCCCUGGAUCACUCAGAUACUAUGGCCUAGGCCUUGAGAAUGGACCUUAUAGGAUAACCUUGUUCUUUGCAGAAACAGCUUUCCCAGACAGAACCACACAGUCUUGGAAGAGUCUGGGGAGGCGUGUGUUCGAUGUUUAUAUUCAGGGAACCCACCAAUUAAGGGAUUUUGAUAUAUCAAAGGAGGCAGGUGGUGCUGAGAGAGCAAUAACUAGGAAUUUCACUGCUAAUGUAACGGAGAACCAUCUUGAAAUUCACCUGUUUUGGGCCGGUAAGGGUACCUGCUGUACACCUGAACAAGGUUAUCAUGGUCCAUCCAUUUCAGCUAUUAAUGUUGUUUCAGGUAAGACACCUUCCGUCAGUGGGAUACCACCGGGCACUAGUAAAGAGAAGAACCAUACAGGAUUGAUUGUUGGUAUUUCAGUUCCUGUUAUUUUCGUGGCUUUGAUACUCAUAUUUGCAAUUAUAUAUGUUAUGAGAAGAAAAGAAGAUGUUGAUGAGGAAGUGCUUCUUGGUAUUGGCCGACCAAACACAUUUAGUUAUUCUGAGUUGAAAGCCGCCACAGAAGACUUCAGUUCUUCAAAUAAAUUAGGAGAAGGGGGGUUCGGACCUGUAUACAAGGGUACGCUUUCUGAUGGGAGAGUUGUGGCUGUGAGGCAACUUUCAGUAGCAUCACACCAAGGGAAGAAUCAAUUUGUUACUGAGAUAGCUACCAUAUCAGCAGUGCAACACCGUAAUCUUGUCAAACUAUAUGGGUGCUGCAUUCAAGGAAAUAGGCGCCUCCUUGUUUACGAGUAUCUUGAAAACAAAAGCCUUGAUCAGGCACUCUUUGGACAUAAUGACUUACAUCUUGAUUGGCCAACCCGCUUCAAUAUCUGCUUGUCAACAGCAAGAAGGCUAGCUUAUCUGCAUGAGGAGUCUAGGCCAAGGAUUGUCCAUAGAGAUGUCAAGGCAAGCAAUAUUUUGCUUGAUGCAGAGCUGUGCCCGAAGAUAUCUGAUUUUGGAUUGGCAAAGCUGUAUGAUGACAACAAAACUCACAUCAGCACUCGGGUUGCAGGAACCAUUGGCUACCUGGCACCAGAGUAUGCAAUGCGAGGGCAUCUCACUGAGAAAGCUCAUGUUUUCAGCUUUGGUGUUGUUGCUUUGGAGGUUCUCAGUGAUAGACCAAACUCAGACAAUACCUUAGAAAAUUACAGAAUUUAUCUUCUUGAAUGGACAUGGAACCUGCAUGAAAAAAACCAAAGCUUGAGUCUGUUGGAUCCAACUUUAGUAGAGUUCGAUGAAAAUGAAGCUCUGCGAAUGAUAGGAGUGGCACUUUUAUGCACUCACGCAUCACCAGCAAUGCGGCCAUCCAUGUCUCGUGUGGUGGCUAUGCUUGCUGGAGAUAUUGAAGUGAGCAAUGUUACAUCAAAACCAAGUUAUUUAACAGACUGGGAUUUCAAGGAUAUAACAAGCACCUUAAUGAGUGAAGAAACACAAACAUCCAUUGUAUCCGAUAGCAGCGACAUCAACAAGAGUAAGAACAAGACUGUUUCAGGGACAGAACCAAUUGUCUCCCCAGUAAACGUUACUGAAUUAAGUGACAUUAUUGGAGAAGGAAGGUAAGAGUUGUUUAUUCCAUACUGCUACUUAUACCAUGUCAUUAUGUUGGAACACACAAUUUUGGUACUUUUCUUAUGCUGUUUCUUCGGCUGCCUACUUUGAAGUUCUAGAAACUAUCCUUUCUGUUCAUAUAUAUAGUUAUGAUCUUGUAAUUAAUAUACUUUGGCAAUAUUUUGAAAUUCAGACCACAAAAACUUGCGGUUGUUGGAAUGUAAUGUAUAUGCCAUAAAUAUAAGGGAACACCACUUUUCAAAGCAAAAAAAAGAAAAAAUCAUAUUAUCACUGUCAUUUAAAAGUAUCAAAUUAAUUAAGCAGGUCAUGAUGCGAUUCGGUGUAAUAUAAGUCGUGUUUGAUAUGAUUCAUUAUUAAAUAAUUAAAUUGGGUCAAAUACGAUAUAUUUGAGUGCUAUGUUGAGU